ACAAUCCAGCCCAGUCCACCCCACCAGUACAAACAUUUUUACAAAGCCAAAACUUGUGUUGAUAAUAAUUUUGUAUGUUUAUACUUAAAUGAUAGUGAUUAAUAGUUGCAAACUGUGUGAUAUAGAGUCAACAAAUUGUAGUACAUAAUUUUACAAUAUUUGUUUCACAAGUUUUUUGUGAUUUAUUAUUUUAAAAAUAAAUUAACAUAUGAAGAAUAUCUUGGCCUUUGUGAAGAAUGAAUAAUUCAAAUGUUUCUUCGUCAGCUGGCGAUGUAACAUCUAGUGAAACUACUUCUGAUACAGCACCGUUAAUCAGUAAUGAAAUUCCUAGCACAUCUACUUACACACAGUUGAACAAGACAUCAAAUUUCCUUGAAGACUCUGAUGAUCACGGAAGUCAUGGAGUUAGAAGGAGACAUACAGUUGGUAAAAUUGAACCCGGGUCCAUGAAUGUUCUUUCAGCUAAAUAUGAAAGUUUGGACUAUGACACAUGUGAGAACCAUUUGCUCCUGGAUGAGGAGCGGAAGCGAGGGUACCCAUACAUUGUAUGGAAGGAUAUGGCAAGAUGGUUCAUCAUACUGUUGAUUGGUGCAAUUACAGCCCUUAUUGCUUGUGUCAUUGAUAUUUGCAUAGAAGUGUUUUCAGAUAUUAAAUAUAAAGAGUUAAAGAAAUCGGUGGACAAAUAUGUACUAAUAGAUAGCCUGUACAUUCCAUACUUGUUGUGGGUGUUAUCUAAUAUCUGUGUAGUAUUCAUUGGGUCAGUACUAGUUGCUUAUGUAGAGCCUGUGGCAGCAGGAAGUGGUAUACCACAAGUAAAAUGCUACCUAAAUGGAGUAAAAGUGCCAAGAGUGGUGCGGUUUAAGACACUUGUAGUCAAAGCUAUUGGUGUGAUAACUGCAGUGGUUGGUGGCUUGGCCGGAGGAAAGGAAGGGCCUAUGAUCCACAGCGGCGCUGUAGUGGCGGCGGGCAUAUCACAAGGGAAGAGUACUACUUUCAAUAAAGAUUUCAAGAUAUUCCAAUACUUCCGCGACGACCACGAAAAGCGAGACUUCGUGUCGGCCGGCGCGGCCGCAGGCGUCUCGGCUGCUUUCGGAGCACCUAUUGGAGGAGUACUAUUUUCAUUGGAAGAGGGGGCAAGUUUCUGGAACCAGGCGUUGACAUGGCGGACGUUCUUCGGCACGGUGGUGUCCACGUUCACGCUCAACGUGGUCCUAUCGGCGUACCACGGCCACUGGUGGGACCUGAGCUAUCCAGGUCUCCUCCACCUGGGCAAGAUGGAGCCGUUCCCGGUGGAAUUCUACGAGCUGCCUCUCUUUAUGGUGUUCGGGGCUAUCGGAGGUCUGCUGGGAGCGCUGUGGAACUACAUCAAUUACAAAUUGGCAGUGUUUCGAAUAAGGUAUAUAUCCCAGCCGUGGCUGCGCGUGGUGGAGGCGUGCCUGGUGGCGGCGGCGAGCGCGACCUGCGGCUUCCUCAUGAUGUUCCUCGUGCACGACUGCCGCCCGCUCGGGGAGGACCCCACCAAGGUGCCGCUGCAGUUGUUCUGCGCCGACGGCGAAUACUCCGGCAUGGCGGCAAUCUGGUUCCAAACGCCCGAGGCGUCCGUCAAGUCGUUGCUGCACGACCCGAUCGGCUCCUACAAACCGACCUCCAUCCUCAUAUUCGUCGUGUGCUACUUCCUGCUGUCCACCUGGACGUUUGGGCUGGCGAUGUCCAGUGGAUUGUUCAUACCGAAUCUGCUGACCGGAGCCGCUUGGGGGAGGCUGUUGGCGUUGACGAUGCAAAUGAUUGUGCCGUCUAUGGAAAUAAAUCCGGCGAAAUACGCACUCAUAGGCGCAGCUGCCCAACUUGGAGGUGUGGUGCGUAUGACGAUAUCGCUCACCGUCAUCAUCAUCGAGACCACCGGCCAGAUCUCCAACGCGCUGCCCAUCAUCAUCACGCUGGUCGUCGCCAAGUGGGUCGGCGACUUCUUCAACGAGGGUAUCUACGACAUCUACAUCCAGCUAGCAGCCGUGCCGCUCCUGCCGUGGGAGCCGCCGCCGCUGACGCACAACGUGUACGCCUCGGAAGUGAUGUCGCACCCCGUGUUCACGCUGCGGACCGUGGAGAACGUCGGCCAUAUUGUGGAACUGCUCAAACUGGUCUCCUACAACGGGUUCCCGGUCGUCGACCCGCCUUUGAUUGACGAUACCGAAGUGCCAACUUACAAGCGUCUACGAGGCCUGAUCCUGCGUUCACAGUUAAUAGUUCUUCUACAGCAUAAGUUAUACAACGAAAACGCUAACACGACGUGGUCCAAUGUAGACGUCGACAUGAACAUCUUCAGAAAUGAAUAUCCUCGGUUUCCUUCUAUAGAAGAGCUGUCGAUCUCCGAGUGGGAGAAGACCUGCACAGUGGACCUGCGGCCGUACAUGAACCCGUCGCCGUACACUCUGCCGCACCGCGCCUCGCUGCCGCGCGUGUUCCGCUUGUGUCGCGCGCUCGGCCUGCGACAUCUGCCCAUCGUCAACGACGUCAACGAGGUUGUCGGCAUGGUGACACGCAAGGACAUCGCCAGGUACCGCGUCUGGAGACACCGCGGCCACAUGGGGAUGGAGGAACUAGUAUUAUCCAGUGAAAUCUAGAUGCCACAAGAUUCAUGAUACUUUAGUCAAAUUCUCAAAGCAAAAUUAUUGAAAUUAUGAUAGACUUAAAUCAUGACUUUUCUCAUUGUUUUUAUAUUGUAAAGUACAAUCCCCUGAACAUAAGUUAAACCAUAAUGGCAGCCAACAGCGCUGGUAUUUAGGUUUCAUUGUUAUUUAUUUAUAAAAAAAUAAUUGAUUUCGCGGGUAACCACGACAAAUCUUUUACAACACGCGCUGACGGGCGCCAUUUAGAUUUAACUUAUGUGCCGGGGAUUAUGCAUACUCAUGUUACAUUUAAUAUUUUUUUAUGUAGGCUUUUGGAAAAAUGUAAGUAAACAUUCAUAAAGAAUGUGGUUGUAGUAAAAUCAUAAUUUUGCAUUAGUUUGUAAAACAUAACUCUUAUUUACAUUUAUUAUAUUAACAAGCUUAUUGCCUUUUGAGCUUUAAAAGCCAUAUUUUCUAAUGCAGGUAGGCAUAAAGUGUUUUGCUCCUUAAUAUUAUGUUCACAAAUUUUAUUACAACAGAUAAAAAAUCGCCUAAAUUAAAUUAUUUUAGUAAUCUGACAUAAAAUUAUAUACAUGAAAUUUUUAAAGUAUUUUUUAUAGUAGAGCUUCAAUUUCAGCUCAUGCCUUGUCUGCCAAAGAUCUUGUAUAUACUUAUCAUUUGAUGGUUGCAGGCUAUGAAUGCUAGGUCCAUAAUUAACCAAAAUGGAGAGCCAAUAACAUUUUUAUACUUUCUCUCCACUUUGCAGAUAAUAAAAAAUAUUGGAUUUAAUUGUAGUUGUUGUAGAUAUUAUUGCAAUUAUGACAAUGUGAUACUUUGAAUUUAUGAUACUAUUGUUAAUAAUAAGAAAAGUAUAUUAAUAAAAAUAUUUAUUACAUUA